AUGGACAUCUUCCUUCCUUGCUUGCUGGUUUUCGUCGAUACUUUCUUUCUAUAUGUAACAACUUUCUUUCUUUCUUCGCGUAGUGACUUUUGCUUUCUUUUUCUCUUUCUUUCAUUCUUUCUGUCUUCCUUUCUACACGUAUUAAGAUAUAUAGAUUUCUUUCUUUCUAUCUUUCUUUCAUUUUUUCUCUUUUCUUUUUUUUUUUUGUCAUGCUUGCUUGUCUUCGUCCUUUUUUUCUUUCUACACGUAAUCAUUUUUCUUUCUUUCUUUCUUCACCUUUUACUUUUUUUCAUUAUUGCUUUAUCACUUUCUCCAACGCUUAAAAUAUAUCAACUUCUUUCUCACUUUCUUAAUAGCUUACUUUCGUCUUUUCUUUCUACACGUAACGACUUUUUCUUUCUUUCUACACGUAACGAUAAUUUUCUUUCUUUCUUUCUUAACUUUUUUAUUUUCUUUCAUACUUUCUGUCUUCCUUUCUAUUCUCCUUUCUUUCUUUCUUUCUUUCUUUCUUUCUUUCUUUCUACAUGUAAUGGAAUGUGUGGAUACUUUUCUUUACGUAAAGACAUUUUUUCUUUCUUUCUUUCCUUCUUUCUUUCUUUCUUACUUUCUUUCUUUUUUCCCUCCUUCCUUUCCUUCUUUCUUUCUUUCUUUCUUUCUUCCUUUUAUUUCUUUAUACAGGUAAUAGAAUGUAUAGACUCUUUCUUUCUUUCUUUCUCUCUCUCUCUCUCUCUCUCUCUCUCUUUAUAUUUUCUCUCUCCUGCAUUUCUCCCCACAUAUGUUUUUACCUUACUCUUUCGCUCUUUCUUGCCCUCUUUCUCAUCUCUCUCUCUCUCUCUCUCUCUCUCUCUCUCUCUCUCUCUAUUGCUCUUUCGCGCUGUCUUUUACAUUUCUUUCUUUUAUAGUUUGUUUUCACUAGCUUUCUCAGCUUUUCUUUCUUUUUUUUUUGCAUUUCUUUUUAAUUUUAUCUCUCUUCUAUUCUUUCUCAUAACCACUCUCACUCUCUCUUCUGCCUCUCUUUUUCAUUCUCUCUCGGCCAUUUUCUAUUUCCCUCUUUUUGUUCUUAGAUUUUUUUUUCUCUCAUUUUCAAUUCUUCCUUUUUCUUUCUCUUUAAAAUUUCUCCUCUUUAUAUAUUUCGCUUUCUCUCUCUUUCUCCCUUCUUGUCUUUUCUUUCUCUCUCUUUUCGUCUUUCUUUCUCUAAAUCUGUCUCUUAUUUUUCUUACUCUUUUUUGCUAUCUUAAUUGUUCUUCAGAUUUUUUUCUUUGUCAGCCUUUCUGUCUUUCUUUCUUUCGAUUUAACACGUUAUCACUCCCUUACGCUGUCUUUUUCUUUCUUCUUUUUCUUUUUAUCUAUUUUAUCUCUCAAUCUCUCUCUCUCUCUCUCUCUCUCUCUUUCUCUCUCUCUCUUUCCUUCUCAAUUCCGAAGAAAGAAAUAGACAAGAAAAAACAAUAUGAUUAA